AUGUCGUCGUCGGAGCAGGCCCCCCCGCCGCCAUCAGAGGAGUUGAACUCACUCUCCGUUAACUCCGGCUCCGAAUUGAAUGCUUCCGCCUCCAACUCCCGGGAGUUGACUCCAGAGGAGAAGUUUCGGAUUGUGAGAAGCGUGGGCGAAGAAUGUAUUCAAGAGGAUGAGCUUCUCAAUCUUCUAACGAAGAAACCCCAGCCGAUUUGUUACGACGGAUUCGAGCCUUCCGGCAGAAUGCACAUCGCCCAGGGAGUGAUGAAGACCAUCAAUGUCAACAAACUGACAUCUGCCGGUUGCAAAGUGAAGAUUUGGAUUGCGGAUUGGUUUGCCCAGCUUAAUAACAAAAUGGGUGGCGACCUGAAGAAGAUACGGGUUGUUGGGGAGUACUUGAUUGAGAUAUGGAAGUCUGUUGGAAUGGAUCUCGAAAGUGGGAAUGUUGAGUUCCUCUGGUCUUCAGAUGAAAUUAACUCCCGUGCUGCUGAGUACUGGCCGCUUGUUAUGGAUAUUGCUCGCAGGAACAAGGUUCCCAGAAUAAUGAGGUGUGUUCAAAUUAUGGGUCGCUCAGAGAAGGACGAGUUGACAGCUGCUCAAAUUCUGUACCCGUGUAUGCAAUGUGCCGACAUAUUUUUCCUCAAGGCUGAUAUUUGUCAACUAGGAACGGAUCAACGCAAAGUGAAUAUGCUGGCAAGAGAAUACUGUGAUGAUAUCAAGAGGAAAAACAAGCCCAUCAUCUUGUCCCACCACAUGUUACCUGGUUUACAGGAAGGACAAGAGAAGAUGUCAAAAAGUGAUCCCUCCUCUGCGAUUUACAUGGAGGACAGUGAGGGAGAAGUAAAUGUCAAGAUAAAGAAGGCUUUCUGUCCUCCUAAGGUUGUUGAAAAUAAUCCUUGCCUGGAGUACAUCAAAUACAUAGUUUUGCCUUGGUUUAAUGAAUUCAAGGUGGAACGUGCUCCACAAAAUGGCGGAGAUAAGACCUUCACAACAAUUGAAGACCUUGAGGCUGACUAUGCCAGUGGAGCGUUGCAUCCUGGUGACCUGAAACCUUCUUUGUCAAAAGCCUUGAACAGGAUCCUGCAGCCUGUUCGUGAUCAUUUCGCCAACAAUGCAAAAGCCAAGGAUCUCGUUAAACGUGUCAAGGUUUGUCUUAUUUCCCUCCCAUCGGCAACAUCUGAUAAUCCAAGCAAUUGCUUGAACAAUCUGGAGGUAAUAUCAACCUGA